AAUUCUCUCGUAUUCUUGCUUAUCACAAAGCUGUAUCCUCACCAUUUCAAUACAAAAAAUGGAGCUUGAGUUUCCUCCAUUCUCCAUCCUCCUCACCACCCUCCUCUUCCUAUCCAUGAUUGCUAGAGUGGGCAAGGCUUUGAAAGAUAAGAAGCCAUCCCAAAGGCUGCCUCCAGGGCCAUGGAAACUACCCUUCAUAGGAAAUAUUCACCAGCUUGGUGGCUCACUACCCCAUUGCACGUUAAGAAACCUGUCACUCAAGCAUGGCCCCUUAAUGCACCUACAGCUUGGAGCAGUCUCCACAGUUGUUAUAUCGUCACCUGAAUUUGCUAAGGAAGCAAUGAGGAAAAACGAUGUUACUUUUGCUUCCAGGCCAUAUCAGCUUGCUCCCGGGAUCAUAUCUUAUGAUUGUACAAACAUUGUCUUCUCCCCUUAUGGCAGUUACUGGAAGCAGCUUCGAAAGAUUUGUGUGAUGGAACUCUUGAGUUCACAACGGGUGAAAUCAUUCAAAAGAGUUAGAGAAGAAAUAGUUUCCAGUCUAAUCAAGAUCAUGUCUUCAAGCCCAAGUACACCAAUCAAUCUUAGUGAAAAGAUUUUUUCGUUGACAUAUGGCAUAACGGCAAAAGUGGCCUUUGGUUCAAAAUGCAAAGGACAGGAAACAUUCGUAUCUAUCAUCACUGAAGUUAAUAAGCUGGCAACAGGCCUCACCCUUGCAGAUUUUUACCCUUCAGUUAAAGCACUUCAGAUGAUCAGUGGAAUCAGGCCAAAGCUCGAGAAGCUACACCGAGAAGCUGAUGGAAUACUUGAAAAUGUCAUUGCUGAGCAUAAAAAGAGGCUUGGAAAAGAAAAUGGCAGCGGUGGAGACGACAAAGACAUAGUUGAUAUACUUUUAGACCUUCAAGAGAACGGCAACCUUGACUUCCCCCUAUCUGCCAACAACAUCAAAUCAGUCAUACUGGACAUAUUUGCUGCAGGAAGUGAAACAUCAUCAACAAUUGUUGAAUGGGCGAUGUCAGAACUGCUGAAGAAUCCAAGAUCAAUGGAAAAGGCUAAAGCUGAGGUGAGAGAUGUCUUUAAAGGCAAAGGAUAUGUGGAUGAAGAAAGCUUUCAUGAACUUAAGUUCCUCAAAUCAGUUCUUAAGGAAACAUUAAGGCUGCACAAUCCUGUGCCUUUGAUACCAAGGGAAUGCCGUGAGAACUGUAAGCUUGGUGGAUAUGAGAUACCUGUGAAGACUAAAGUCCUGAUCAAUUCAUGGGCAAUUACAAGGGAUCCUAGACACUGGAGUGAACCCGAUAAAUUUAAUCCUGAAAGGUUCCUCAAUAGCUCACUUGACUAUAAAGGAACAGAUUUCCAAUAUAUUCCAUUUGGUGCAGGAAGGAGGAUAUGUCCAGGCAUAUCAUUUGCCCUUGCUAAUAUUGAAAUGCAACUUGCCCAAUUCUUGUACCAUUUUGAUUGGAAGCUCCCCAAUGGAAUGAAGUAUGAAGAACUCGACAUGACAGAUGCACCUGGUUUAACAAUAAGGAGGAAACACGACCUGUUUGCGAUUCCAAUUCCUUAUCAUCCUUUUCCCUCUUGAAUAAAACAAAGUAUCAGAUGUUCAUUUGGCUAAAAUUUGUUUAAGCCAUUGUGAUAUAUUGUUCUAGUACUACUAAGGUCUUUGUUCUGUUAAAUUAUGGCAUAGUCUAUAAGGGUUAAAGCUUGGUUGUUGUAUGGUAAACCGUAAUGAAUUAAGGCUUAUGUCUUGCAAAGUAAA